GUUCACAAAACUACGCCGAGAGCUUGCGUCACUGCUUCAAGUGGGCUAAUUAGGCGACGGACAGCCAACAUGUAAGCGAUGUGACCGCAGCAAAGGCCUCGGUGGAUACUGGGCGAGCGUUGCCACUGUUGGCCUGCCACUGAGUAACAUCGGCGUUACCAGUCCUAGGGGGUUUGAUUGGCGUGUUGGUUGUGUUGGGUUGAACUCAUCACUCACUGUCACGCUUCCAGCGCUUAAGUCCGAUCAGGUAUGUGAUCCGGGGCUUGGUUAGGAGGCAACAACCCACACUCGGCGGGGGAUGCAUUUGGAAUCGUUGCCAGUCUGGAAAGUAUUUUAAUCAGUGGGCUGCUGCUGUCUUGUCAGAAUCGUCUUUGCUGUGUGUGGUUGUCAGGACAAGCAAAUUGAUCAACGAGGAAUCACUGACACCGGCAACAACAAAGUCUUGGUAUCUCGACUCCUUGAACAUGGAACCCAGCCGGUUGCCAUAUACACUCCCUUCGGACGCAGUUUGGUUCAUCACCGGCUGCUCCUCCGGCAUCGGCAAAUCCCUAGCCGAACUCGUCGUCGCCAAGGGGCAGCGCCUAGUCGCCACGGCCCGCAAACUCGAAGACCUCGCCUACCUCCCCGACAACCCACCCAAUAGCAGCAUCCUCAAGCUCCGCGUCGAUGUCGCGUCCAAGCAGUCCGUCGACGACGCGGUUGCCGCCGCCCUGGCACACUUUGCCCGCCUGGACGUGGUGGUCAACAACGCGGGCUACUCGCUGCGCGGCGACACCGAGAACGCACCAGAGGAAGCGGCGCGCCACCAGCUCGAGACCAUGUUCUGGGGCACUGUCCGCCUGACGCGCCACGCCAUGCGCAUCAUGCGCGAGGUCAACCCCGCCGCGCCGGGGGGCCAGCAGGGCGGUGUGGUCGUUAAUGUCUCGUCCAUGGGCGGCAGGGCUGCAUUUCCAGGGAAUGCGUUCUACCAUGCCGCCAAGUUCGCCGUUGAGGGCUUUACCGAGUCGGUGGCGCGGGAGGUGCGGCCGGAGUGGAAUAUCCAUUUCUGUCUUGUCGAACCCGGCGGCGUGAGGACGGGGUUUACGGGUCACAGGAUGCAGAGGAUCGAGGUGCAUCCGGCGUACGCGGCGCCCGACACCCCGUCAAGGCUGCUGGACAAGUACAUUGACGAUCCGGAAGCGUCCAAGAACUUUGCUGAUGUCGAUGAUGUUACCAAGGCCAUGUACUCGAUCGUGGCGAGUGGAAAGGAGAUUCCGCUGCGCGUGCCGAUUGGGCCGGAUGCGUGGGGUGUCCUGAAGAUAGAGAACGAGAAGAACGGGAAGGCGUUGGAUGAGUGGAAGGAUUUUGCGAUUAGUGCCGGGAAGGCCGGGCAGUUUGAGUCCCUGGACUUCAUGACGGGUAGGGAAUCGAGGAACUGAUUGAGGGUGGGUGUAGUUGUAUAGAACGGAGCUGUGUUUCCUACUGACAUCAUACACUGUGCCCGGUAUGCUCUUUCAUACUAGGACUUUAGACUCCAGAGUCUAUUGUACCAGGAAUUCUAGAUGGAAUAAUGCAUUCGGGAUAGGUCACACACGCUCUAGAAUAAUAACCACUCUCACAGGGUAUCUAUAUAGCAUGUGGCCCCCUAUUCAAGCACUAGCCUCUUUCCUACUUAGACUUCGCUCGUCUCUGUUUGUUCCUUAUCAUGAUCUGCUGAAUGGUGGCUCAUAGCUACCAGGUAUUGAACCACAACUCCUGACGCUUUACAGGCUCAUAAAGUCUCACAUAGGGCUGCGCUGAAGCAUAUUAUCGCAAUGGCCGCUGCCGGAGGA